CCGAGGUGCUGGAGUUCUUCGGCGGGCAGCACUUCACUACGAGUUGAGGUACCCCGAGGAGCGGUGUGGCGCGUGCCCGCGAAGCGACUUCAAUGCCGGCGGCGGGGACGGCAGUGUCUGAGUGCCAAUGAAUGCAUCUUACCUGGUGCUUUCCGCGCAAUCCGAGUGACCCGCAACGUGCUCGUGUCUGCGACCCUGUUUUUUUUUCACGUGCGUAAAGCGCCUUCCGAGCUUCUUCAGAGGCGUCGCACCUGGGCCCGCCGCCAGCUAUCAUCAUCGCCGGGUCGUCCCAACGUCGUCUGCAUCGGUUAGGGCUUUUGAGAUCAGCUGUGUGCCUGUGCCCCCCAAAAAACUGCGGCGACCAUGUGGUCCGUCGCCGGUGUGAGCGUGAACGCAGUGCUUCUGUUUAGGUGCCGUGCCGCCUGAAACGCGGUUGCCGUGGAUUUCCAGCGGCAGUUGUGGCGGCGGCGAGAUGUUGUCGCGGCGGGUCGGCAUGUCGCUGACCGCACUGCUUUUCGUCUGCUUUCUGGCCUUCUGCGGCUGGCCCGGUCCGGCGGUGUUCGCCGAGCAACGUCUGCUGUCAGGCUCCUCCUUGCCGCGAACGCGGCCAGUGUUUCCCGAGCCUCUGGACUACCCGCGACCGUCCCCCGCGUCCAGGACAAGGCGGCAUGGCAGUUCCACAGCGGCCAGCCACUGGCAGCACGCUUACUCCGCAUUCUCCUCCUCCGCUGCACCUUCCUCUCAACCUCUCUCUUCACGAUCAUCAUCAUUACGUCCUCUCCGGACGACGACGCCGUCCAACGCGUCUUCUUCGCCUUACCGGUGGCGGCGUUCCUCGUGGCCCUCUGCCGGGUCUUCGCGGAGGCCGUCUCGCGCCGGAGGGCGCAGGCACCACGACGGUUCCGUGCUGUGGCGUGUCGAACACGGGCUCACGUUGCGCCUCUGGAGGGACUCGAGCCACGUGUCGCCGAGACUUCUGGCGCUGCGGUACCGCGACGCUCCCGGAGGUCAGGACGCACGGGACCUGGUGCCCAUGAGCGACGAGGACGCCGAGAACGAGGCCGACGGCGCGGACGACGUCAGGAACUGCUUCUACUCGGGUGACGUGGUCGGCGAGCCCGGCUCUAAGGCGGUCGUCUCCCUCUGCCACGGAAUGACUGGCUACAUCUACUCACCUUCGAGGGGCAUGUUCACCAUCGAGCCCGUCAGUGGCGGCGAGGACCAGGACCAGCGUGGCGCGCACGUGCUCAGGCAUCACCGGGCUGGCCAAUCACAGGCCGGUAACAGCACGCAGAGCUCAUCCGUCAAUUUCAUGGGUCGAGAGGAGAGCUACCAAGACAAAGCCGACGGGAGCGAAGGGGGUCUCACCCGCAUCAUUCCCACGGUGCCCUUCGUGUGA